AUGAAGAUGAUCAUCUUUCUUCUCUGGCCUCUGGCCGCCCUCGCAAACACCUGCGCAGAUAUGGUUCCCACCGCAGGAAUGACCUGCCACGAAUACACUCUCUUCGACGGCCAAACCACCACCAUCAUGGUCAAUAAUCGUCUUCGAGUCGACGGCAAAUAUCAGGAAACCGCGACUACUGGUGUAGCUCCCCGCGCCACCGAGACACCAAUCACUACCGACCAAGACAAUGACAUGUGCGGCGAUACCACAUGGACCAAUGACUCCGACCCGACCUGGCCGCCUGUCGCCGACUGCAACAGCAUUGGCCAGUGGGCUCGGGACAACAUGGUCUACUGGCGGGCCUACAAGCAUGACCUAGCGGCUAGAUCAAUGACCACGCUGCUGGUUUCGGGAAGGUGCAAGUUCGUCAUCGGCUGCAACCGAGACGAUAUUCCAGAAUACGGAAUCAUUGUCGGCAACACUGAUGUGGCAGACUUAGUGCAGGAUGCAAUUGCGACAAAGGUGAAGGAUGACAGGGUCGCUGCUCUGGGAACCAUGAACUGCUGGACGACGGACACAAAUGGUGGAGUCAAAACUACAUUCACUAAAUGGGGUAUCAUUGAUGUGUCCAUCGCCUAG